AUGCAGCUCUUCACCGGCGCCCUUGUCGCUAGUUUGGCAGUCUCUGCCCAUGCCAUCGCUACGAUUUCCGUCAAGGGCUCCAAGUUCUUCACCAGCGAUGGCGACCAGUUCUACGUCAAGGGUGUUGCUUACCAGCUUAUUCCUGACGACCCAUUGAUCAAUUCCACCCAGUGCCAGCUCGAUGCCGACCUCAUGGAGGAUCUGGGCGCCAAUUCGAUCCGCGUGUACCAUGUCGACCCCACUGGUGACCACCAGAAGUGUAUGGACAUCUUCGCCGACAAGGGAAUCUACCUCUGGCUUGACCUCGACACCUUCGACACCCAGAUCGAGCAGACCAACCCUCACUGGAACGAGAGUCAGCUCUCUGCUUUCCAGAAGGUCAUGGAUGAGUUCCAGCAGUACGACAACACUGCUGGCUUCUUCGUCGGCAAUGAGGUUCUGACCACCGGCAAUGGCUCUGUCGCUGCUCCGUAUGUCAAGGAAGCUGCCCGUGAUCUCAAGGCCUACCGCAACAGCAAGAGCUACCGCGAAAUUCCCGUUGGAUAUUCUGCUGCCGACAUUGCCUCUCUUCGCCCCAUGCUCCAAAACUACCUUGCCUGCAGCACCAACACUUCUGAGAACAUCGACUUCUACGCUCUGAAUGCGUACGAGUGGUGCGGCGACUCUACCUACACUCUGUCCGGCUACUCGGAGCUCCAGAAGAACGCAUCCGAUUACAACAUUCCAAUCUUCUUUUCUGAGACUGGUUGCAACACCGUCAGGCCGCGUACCUUCAGCGACCAGGCCGCAAUCUUCGGCGACAAGAUGGCUGACACCUGGAGCGGUUCCAUCAUCUACGAGUGGAUCGAAGAGGCUAAUGACUACGGAAUCGUCAGCUACGGCGACAAGGUCGACGCUACUGCCUCUGGCGCUCCUCCGGACGGUUAUCCGCGCUCCGGUACCCCAACUCCCGUCAGCCCAGACUUCUCAAACCUGAAGAAGCAGUGGGCCACUUUGACUCCCACCGGUGUCAAGAAAUCUGCCUACUCUCCUAGUCUGACCGCACCUGCUUGCCCAAGCUAUACCUCCGGCGUCUGGGAGGUUAACGGUGCCGUUUCGCUUCCCACGCUUGGACAGACGUACGACUCAGCCGUCCAAAGCAGCAUCACUGCAGGUACUGCGGCGACUGCUACCGGCACUGCCGCUUCUGCUAGCGCUACCUCGACGGGUGCCGCCAGCCCUGCCAAAGAGGUGAAAGGCAUGGGCAUCGGUCUCGCCGGUGUCCUUGCAGGCGCUGUUUUCUGGUUGUGA